AUGGCUACACCCUACGAACUCAUUUACAACACAGGCGUUCCAGGCCGCGAUGAAAAUGUCUGGCUCAUUCUCGAGGAAGCUGGCGUCCAGUACAAAGACACUCAGUCACUAUCUUUUGAUAAAGCCCGGAAGAAUGUCGUGACUUGGCUCGCUGGUGGCGGCCAUGGAAACCCACCUUACUUCACCCCGCCUCUCUUCAAGCACGGCGACCUCGUCAUCUCUCAGACCCCCAAUAUUCUCCUGUACCUUGGUCCCAAGCUUGGACUUGCCGGAUCGCGCGAGAACGACUUGUACCGAGUAAAUGCCCUUGCCCUUACAGCGCUAGACCUUCUUAGCAAUGAAAGGGUGUUGGAGAACGAGGAGCCCGGACCAGGCCCAUGGUUGCUGGGAGACAUAUUCACAUACGCCGAACUGGUCUUAUUUCAGUUAUAUUCUGUUCUGCCUCUUCCGAAAGUGGCCCCGGUCUUGAUAUCCCUCCUUACCCUCGAUGGCACCCAUUAUGCUUUCCCUAAGGCAAUGAAGCAAGCCAGAGAAGCCGGUAAAUAUGAUAAGGUAUUCAAGUUAUACGAAGACGUCAAGGCUCGGCCAAAUAUUUCAGGGUACCUUGCCAGCGACAGAAGACAGAAGUAUCAGGACUGGGGCGUCUACCAGCACUACGACGAUAAUGAUGUAGUUGCUGAGUAG